GUGAAGUCUGAACUCCACCUUGAGGCAGAAUGAGGUUCUCCCCGGGAUCUCUGCUUUUCGUGCUGCUGGUCUGCAGCAUCCCUCCAGUCCAUGGUGUUCUGGAGGCCUAUAACACAAACUUAAAGUGCAAAUGCAUCCGAGAGACCUCAGCCUUUAUCCCCCCCAACCUCAUUGAAAAGCUUGAGAUCUUGCCUCCUGGGAAUGGGUGCCCAAACAAAGAAGUCAUAGUUAAGAAGAAGAAUAUGUCAGUUGUAUGCUUGAACCCUCGAGCUAAAUGGGUACCAAAAUUUAUAAAUAUUUUAUUGAGUAAACGUGCUGCUUCAACUCCAUCAGCUCCAGUGUUUAAGAAAAGGGUCAACUGAUGCCAAUAUCCCUACUAAGGACACCUGCCUACCCCCUCCUCCUGCUCUGGGUUUUAGUUUUGUAUUUGGCUGAGUCUUUCCAAAAAAAAUGAACUUCCCCAUACAAGCAAGCAUGAAAAUAUAUGUAAAAUAAGCCUACAGAAGCUGAUGGGCCAACUUGAGCUUUUUAAAAAUCAUAGUACCCUAUAUACUGGAACUUUGCAUUCUUAUAAGUCAGGAGGAAAGUUUCCUUGAGGAUACUUAGUGCUAAAUCACAUCAAUUUCUUUCAAUAGCAUACUAAAUUUUUAUGCUAAAUUUUCCUGGAAAAUAAGGGAAUAAGAAUUUAAACCUCAAAUCUGAAUAUGUGGCUUGAAUUAAGAAGGAAAUGAUGGAAUUCAUUUCAAUCAUUUCACACCGUAAGGAAAGCAAGCUUCCAUAAGAGAAUGAAACCUGCCUGGGAAACCCAGGGGAUUUUACAAGAGACAGAGGGCUCUCAUAGUAGCUAUCUUACAUUUAAAAGCUCACUAUUGAGAAAAAAGGAAUCCUUUUCAUUCAAAAUAGUUCUUUUGUGAAAUUUACUGUGAUGGACAAAAACUAAUAACAUUCAACAAUCUCCAGACUUAUAUGUGUAGAAUAUUCAAGAAAAGCAUUUAAAGCUGAUAUUCAGAUGUCUCCUUUCAUACAUUUGCUUUGUCAAACUUUUCUUACAUAUCUUUUGCACAGACUUUUUCCCCCCCUGGUCUUUGGUACCCGAUUCUUUAAUGCUUCCUAUUAAUCUAAUGCUAUUCAAUAAACUCAAGUAAACAUUUUACUUAA